CUGGUUGUGAACCAAUAGCAGAGUCAGACCCAGGUCACGUGUCGGGCUCUGCUUGCUCAUUGACGUGCACAAUAUCGAAGCUGAACCACACGCAGCGGUGGAAGGAGCGCCAUGGGCCGUCUGGAUGGGAAAGUGAUUGUGUUGUCGGCAGCGGCCCAGGGGAUUGGACGUGCUGCUGCAAUAGCGUUUGCAAAGGAGGGAGCUCAGGUCACGGCCACAGACAUCAACGGGGAGAAGCUGAAGGAACUGGACGGUAUCCCAGGGAUCAAGACCAAGGUGGUUGAUGUGACGAAGAAGGAGCAGGUGGAAGCUUUGGCCAAGGAGCAUGACCUUGUAGAUGUGCUGUUCAACUGUGCUGGGUUUGUGCACCACGGCUCCAUCUUGAGCUGCGAGGAGGCCGACUGGGACUUCACCAUGGACGUGAAUGUCAAGAGCAUGUACCUCAUGUGCAAGGCUUUCCUGCCUAAGAUGUUGGCAAAGAAGUCAGGAAACAUUAUUAACAUGGCUUCUGUUGCAUCAAGUAUAAAAGGUGUUGUGAACCGGUGCGUCUACAGUACCUCCAAGGCCGCGGUAAUUGGUCUCACCAAAUCUAUAGCGGCUGACUAUAUUGACCAAGGCAUCCGCUGUAAUUGUGUUUGUCCUGGGACUGUUGAUACUCCAUCUCUGAGGGGGCGGAUCCAGGCCCAACCUGACCCCGAACAGGCUUUCAAGGAUUUCAUGGCAAGACAGAAAACUGGCAGAAUGUGCACAGCUGAAGAGGUGGCCUACCUGUGUGUGUACCUGGCCUCAGAUGAGUCGACCUAUGUGACAGGGACGGAGCAAAUCAUCGAUGGAGGUUGGAGACUGUAAAAAACAUCAUGUUACCAUUGAAGCAAAUCCCUUAACUUAAAUAAAGUUCAUAAAACUUCAAUCUAUGCUGCAGAUGUAUACGUGUAGUGCCAAAAUAGUGUCACGCUGGCACAUGUUGAGAGGCAUUGUGAUAAAUUGGCUCCAUCACAUCUACAUUGUAAGUGUGUGUAACACCUAUAAAAUAAACAUAUCCAUUUAAA